AUGGCCCUUAUCGUCGACAAGCAUCGCCCGAGGUCCCUCGAGGCUCUGUCGUAUCACUCUGAGCUGUCGGAAAGGCUCCAAUCCCUCGCCCAGAGCGGUGACUUCCCGCACCUCCUCGUCUUCGGUCCCUCAGGGGCCGGCAAGAAAACAAGAAUAGUGGCAACGCUGAAGGAGCUGUACGGCCCCGGCGUGGAGAAGAUCAAGAUCGACGCCCGAGUCUUCCAGACGUCGAGCAACCGAAAGCUCGAGUUCAACAUUGUCGCCUCCAACUAUCACAUGGAGAUCACGCCGUCCGACGUAGGGCAGUACGAUCGAGUCGUCGUGCAGGACCUGUUGAAAGAGGUGGCGCAGACACAGCAGGUGGACCAGUCGGCGAAGCAGCGAUUCAAGGUAGUGGUCAUCAACGAGGCCGACCACCUGACCAGAGAUGCCCAGGCGGCCCUUCGCCGCACCAUGGAAAAGUACUCACCGAACUUGCGUCUGAUUCUCUUGGCGAAUUCGACGGCCAAUAUCAUUGCGCCGAUUCGAUCGAGAACACUGCUCGUCAGAGUGGCCGCUCCCACGCAUGCCGAGAUCUGCGACGUCCUCGCGCAGUCGGCAAAGAGGGAGAACUGGGAAGUUCCCCAGGGGCUUCACCAGCGGAUAGCUGAGGAGAGCGGGAGGAAUUUGCGCCGUGCCCUAUUGAUGCUCGAGGCUGUUCACGCGCAAAAUGAGAAAGUAACAGACAGCACGCCGAUCCCGCCCGCGGACUGGGAAGCACUGAUUAGCCAGAUCGCCAAGGAGAUCGUGGAGGAGCACACGCCCGCGCGGAUCCUGCAGGUGCGCGCCAAGCUGUACGAUCUGUUGACGCAUUGCAUCCCGCCGACGACGAUUAUCAAGACGCUCACAUUCAAGCUGCUAAAUCACAUUGACGACGGGCUCAAGGCAGAAGUCAUAAAGUGGUCUGCCUUUUACGAGCACCGGAUCAAGACGGGCACCAAGGUCAUCUUUCACCUGGAAGCAUUUGUGGCGAAGUUUAUGCGCGUCUUGGAGAUGUACCUGAUGAGCAUGGACAUGUAA